CAUUGUGCUUUUACGGGAGUGUGGUAGUGCGUUGCUGUUUCUGGUUUGUGAAAAAACAUUCACAGAAGUUAUUUCUGAAUGAAUAAAGUAAUUGCGUCGAAACAGAAGUUGUGGAAGGCGGUGUGCAUGCGUCAGAUACGAUGAACCAACGAAUAGGCGGUCGUAUACCUAUCUCAGAGGACUGAGUAACUCUAUGCGAAGCAAGCCCAAACAAAGUGCAUGGCAUCGUCACAAGAAUUCUUGACCGCGAAAAGGGAAAUGUCACUAUGCCACCAUGACAGCAACCGCAAUGACAAGAGACGAUGACGCAAAUGAUGGGACCGUCACCAAUGGCUCAUUGCAUGGGUUUUCCAAAGGGAACGGCAUGGCAGCAAUGUGCAAUGACUGUACGUCAAGAAGGGACGAGAGUUCCUUCCGCAGCAUCUCUUCGCAGGGCAGCGAGGAUGCCUCUCUCGCAGUCUCCUUCUUUGGAAUUGCUCUCGGUCCGAGUGUGUCGCUCUGCGAUGACGAUGAGCUGCCCCUCGUGUUCUCCGACCGAAAGGAGGCCCUUCGCUGUGCCAGGAAGUACAAGGGGGCCCGCUUCAAGGCGCUUCCCACGCGCGAGGACGCUGUCGCCUUCUGCGAGCGUUCCGUCAACGAUGUUGAAGAGGAAACUGAUUGUGCCACAGUGCUCGUUGGUGAGAAGCCCAGCGCGUACAAGAAUCCGAAGAGCCAGGAUGUGGUGAGGCUCCGCAAGGUUAUCGAGUGUGGUGAUGCUGACACCUUUCGUCAGUGCGUCUGGUCCAACCCCCGCUACUUGGUCAGCAGCGGAGAUACCCCCACCAUCAUGCAGGAGGGCUUCCGGUACAAUGCCCUGCACGUGGCAUGCAUGCGAUGUCAGCCCACGCUUCUCAAGCUCAUCCUGGAGACCAUCGAAGACCCCAAGUUUCUCGCGCUCAUGUACCCGGACGACACCGUUGCGGUCAGGUCGAAGCGGACGGCAUUCUUGGUCGACCUCUACCUCAACAUGCCUGACAAAGGGCGCUGCGAGACGCCGCUGCACUUUGCGUGCAAGUUUGGCUGCGCAAAGUCCGUCGAAAUCCUGUUGAACCAUCCUCAGUGUGACCGCACGCGCGUCAACAAGUUUGGUCAGACUGCUAGAGAAAUGAUCUGUGAACGAAGCCCCGAUGGAUCUGCUAAAGAACAAAUUGAUUCAUACUUUGAAGACCGAUUCUUCGUCCCCGUAAUAAGAUCCGACGACAACUCAGUGCCGCCGUCAGUGGGAACGCCCUUUUCGCCGGAGGCCAAUCCUGCUUUCCUCAGCCACCCUCAGAACAGCCCAAGAGAUCCGUCCCUGGUCGUUGCGGCCACCGUCGGACCAAUGUCUCCUUCCGAGGCUCGUCGAGUCUACAAGACCUGGAAGACUCCGCCGCGGAGACGCCUGGACGCCACUUCGCUCAGUCCGUCGGACCUCAUUCGUCUUUCUGAUCCGGAAAAGGGUCUUGAACGCGUCGGCCGGAAUAUUGCCAAGGAGCUCAACCUUCCAUGGAACGAAUUCUGGCCCUUCCUCGGAACAUGGUGCGACCUGUCCACUCCAGAAGGGCAGUCGAAACUGGAGUCGCACCUGCGGAAGAUGCACGUCAGGCUCCUCAACGAGCAGCGAGCUAGGGAGAGCGAGUUCUCCAUGCACACUUCCUCGUCGGAACCAUCGCCCAACGCGACAGAGUCGGAGCCCAUCAGCCCGAUGAGCGAGCUGUGUCUGAACCUGGGGAACUUCCACAUGGGUUCUCUGUCAGGUUCCUCAGGCAGCGACACGGUGUUCUCCGAUAGGGGACAGGAACUCCAGGCUCCUUUGGCCAGUACGCCGCUUCCGAUUCGUGGUGCUGCAGCGGGAGCUGCCCCUCUUAAACCAGCAAAUCAAAAUGUAGCCAUGGAGAUCGAGACGGCCACUUCGGGGGAGCCCUGGGUUCUGAGCGCGAGUCACAUGGUAGCACAGAACAUGAUCUCCGUUCUUUACGACGCCGUCAUCAGCGGAAAAGAUGGUGCUGCACUCGAACAGGCUAUCGGAUCUCAGCUAGCUGACCAGGUCCUAACUGACCUCGGUGAGCUAGAACGCUCCCUCUCAUCGCUCCCCCAUGCUGCGGAUGCGGAUGCGCUCGGCAGCCCAGCCCAGUUUCACGGUCACUUGGCUCGAUUGGUGUCCAAUGGGUUGAAAGACUACGCCGUUGCCACGGAGCAAGCUCAACUCUGUUUCACUCUCAAGAGCUAUCUCUCGCGUCGGCAGUCCGCAAUAUCGCCUCCCUCAACGGAUGACGAAGAUGACGAAGCACCAGCACGCAUUUUCCGCAGGCCCCUGUUUAGAAGAAGUCGCAGGACACUGCGGCGCCAUCUACAAUGUGUCUUACGCCGGCUCUGCACUUUUCUCGAGCACGACGUCGAUGACACACAAGCAGACGACAGUGUAGACUUUGGAGAGAUGGGUACCUGUACAUGUUCCUGGCCUGGGGUUCCGUGCAACGGAAGGUUGCCUCCGUCACCAAGGUUGCACUUGCAGCUGCAGUUUGAUGGGAGGAGCCCUCUGAGGAGCUCUCCACCAAUCGCAUUUAGAAGGGAGGAAAAUGGAGAAGACAUGGACAUGGAGGAGGACGUGUUCCACACUCCUCCGAGCAGUUGGGCAGCUUCGUCGUCUUCCAGCGCAGCCUCGUCCGAGGUCCACACACCCGAUGAGGGCCCCGAAGUUUUUAUGCAGGGGAGGGUGCCCACAAAGGUGGACCUGGAUGUCUUUCGAGCCUUGGAGACUGUGUCUGUGGACCCCAUCCUUUAUCCGUGCCUGUACCAGUGGAAGCAGCUCGUUUUGUCUUUCCCGGAAGAGACGAAAUCCAAGUGGCAAACACCGUGCGCCAUGCAGCAGCGGAGACCCCUGCCAAGCGAUGCAACGCCGUCGUCCCCGCUGGCAGCACCGUCCGACGGGCCCCUGCCGGGCCCUCGUCGUCCCCACCGGUUGUCCCACCUGCUGAACACGGUGCCCAGGAACCUCUGCAACACAUUCUCGGAACUGGGCAAGGGCGAAGACGCCUGAUCUCGUGUCACGACCGUUGACGUUCGGGCCAGAGCGUUUUUUUUUUUUUUAAGUCGCCACACCGAGUGCGCAUACUCCACUGCCUCUGUGAUAAAGAAGGUGGCUCGGAAUUUCACAAGUACAACUCUUGAGCAAGGUGCACAUCCAUUUUUAUUGUUUUCUGGGAGUCUGCGAAGUGAACUCGAGUGAAUCAAAGUUUGACUCUUUGCGACUUUACGGAAUUUGUUUCGGCUUUAAUCGAGGGAAAGUUUGUCGUGUGUUUCCUGCACGUUUCUCGUCACUUUCGAUCGAACUUGCGUCGAGCCGACUUGUUGAACUGGGCAAACGGAAUCACUCGUUUACUGGAAGUGAUUAACGAAGCAUAAAUAGGGCCCUGUGUUUUACGGUUAAACCCGGUAAAACUUGUUUUUACCUCCCAAUUUACAUAGUUAUCAGUAAGUAAGGGCAAUAAGGGCAAUACCUGAAUCCCCCGAAGACUACCUUGGCAAAGUGCCAAUUCAGCCUGCAAUACAGGCACUACAGGGUGCUACGCGCCGGAAAUUGUAAUUGUUCACCCGAUAUCGACCGACUUUACCCCGUUUUACGGCUCCUUAACAUAAAAGCCGAUUUACCCGUCCCACCCAAUUUUCAAUACUGUGAAACCCGAAAACACAUGGCUCUAUGCAUCAAUGCCUAUAUAUCUGCACCACACGGACCAGGCCUUUCGUCCGGUGCAGAGUAUACUAAACCUGAAUUUAUCGGGAUGUUCCGCUAGUUUUGAGGGGAGCCCAGCUUGCACGUUUAAGCCUUUGGAUCUACGCAUUUUAAAAAAGGCCACUAUCUCGCACGGGUGAACUCCGGGAAGACUCUGGGAGUGCCCCGGAUGAGUUUUUUAUGGCAACACGGUCGCCUGCCCGUAUUCGGGCAUACUCGCGGCUGUGAGCUGGUGGACUACAGACUGAAUUUAAAAUUUAACAUUUGCGCGGAUACGUGCGUUAGCGCCAAGAGAUGAAAGAUCCCAACACCCGCAAUGUGAAAGUACAAAGUAGAUGCGACGUAGACAAGAUAACUCGGGAUGGAAAGAAAAAAAAAAAGGCUUGUACUGUUAUGGGUAAGGCUAGGAUAUUUAUGCAAGUAUUAGAAGGAGGUUAAUGAAAAAUGCCUAUGCUAUGGCUAAGGCUUUGCCCCCUCUUUAGCACAACGGACAUCUAGCUCAUUUACUUUGUGCCUACAUGUCUGCGUAGUAAAUACAGGCUUCAUGAUAAUUGUCAACACAAAUAAUGUUCCAGUAGGGAUGACCGGUUUUAUGACGGCAUUAUUACUGGUGCCGAUAUUUUAUUCGUAGCUUCAGCGGUUUCGUAAUUUUUGAAACUAGGAUUCAGUCACGAAUUUUGGUUCGCAUUGCCCUUCCGUUGGACAGAGGAAUUUUUAAUCGCACCUUCUUAAAAUUGCGAACACUCUGCCAAAAAGAGUAUCAUAAGGUUCGCGUGAAGACUACACGUUGCACAGCAGCAAUGUUGUUUCUGAACCGGCAUAACACGACCUGCCUUUAUCGCAUUUACAUGUUUAAGACAGUCAUCAGUCAGAAGGCUUCCUGGUCAUGAGGGAUCUUGCGACAGCAAACCAGUACAGAAGGAUCUUCAGGAUGACGAGAGCUUGGCAAUAUCUUGAACGGAAACACUUGUCCCACUGGGCCCAGAAAAAGGUUCUUCCCUUAACAGUUGGAAGACCGAUUUUUUUUGUAUAUGGGAGCGCACUUUGUUUUUUUAAACUUUAACGUUACAGUGCCAAUUCCCUACUCCUUUGCUCACGCCAACGGACCCACUAAAGAAAUUGUUGAGGAUAGACUUAGAAAGCCCACAAUGCGGCAGCAGUGUUAGUAGCAGGCACAAACGCGGAAGGAAAUGAGUGUCAUGAUAUUUAACGACUGUGUAACGGCAUAAAAAGGUGUCGUCUGCUUUGAAAGUGCUAUGAUGGAUCUCCGCUGGUGAGUUGUGACUUAUGAAUAGCAAAAUGUGCAACGCAUAUGCUUCGUUUAGUUUUGUGCCAUUUCAGCCCUUCUCCUGUUUUGUGUUUUUGUCACUAAGUUAUUAACGACUCGUUUGCGAGCAUGGAGGUUGUGUCAGCACACGAGUUCGGAGCGCAGUGUUUUUACGUUCCAGCAGCAGCAGCAGCGGACGUCGUGCUUGAUGGAUUUUAAGAGUAUGUCACUUGGCAGUACGUUGUGCUUAGAAGAAAUUUUAUAAAUAAAAGUGACUCUCAUUGUC